AUCUGAUCAAAUAAGUUUGACUCGGCGUAAACGUUCCCCGCGGGUCGAUGAAAAAACCGUGCAAACGCGUCGACAUCUUUCCGUGUGACGCAUCGUCUCCCGCGACAUAAGUUCGCCCGACCGAAAAGGACUCGCGCUCUGUCGGCGAAUCGCGCGGACCGACGUGACGGCAACGCCAACAGCGAGCGUCACGAUGACGGCGCCCCCCGUCGCCCGGGGUUAUUAUUGGUGCCGGCGCGGCCUGCUGUUUUCCUUUCUGAUGAUGGCGGCCGUGACGCGGCCAACGGUCGCCCGACGGGAUUUCCAGCUGGUCCUGUUGCACACCAACGACAUGCUCUCGCGGCUCAACCAGAUCAACCAGUCCGGCGGUGAGUGUUCGGACGUGUCCGACAGGUCGGGACUCUGUUACGGCGGUUUCGCGCGCGUCAAGACGGCCGUCGACAGGGAGCGCGCAGCGGUGGCAACGGGCCAAGAUGCCGGCGUCCUGUACCUGGACGCGGGAAACUCGUUUCGGGGCACGACGUUGUACACGUACGACGGGGGCAUAUCGGAAGUGAUGAAAAAACUUAAACCGGACGCCAUGGUGAGUGCGGCCGCAUCCGACCGGUCCGACCGGCCUGGCACCGCGGUGUUGAGACUUAUAAAUUCGCGCACAUUUCAUUUAGAUUCCGUGCGUAGCGACGGAGCUAUUUGUUGUACACAGAUGUUUAUUUUUUUCUUUCUUUCUUUCAUUCUACCAGUCCGUGGACUCGUUUUUUCCUAAGGAACCUUGCUACGAUUUUUAGGUGUUUUCACGGUUUUUACAUUUUUUUUGAUUUUCGACGCCAUUUCGUUAAUAAAAGCACUCAAGUGGGAAAAAACGUAGGAAAACGUACAAUUUCACGAUUUCGUUAUUUUAUUAAAACACGGACGAAGUUUUAGAUCAAAAAAAAAAAAAAAAAUAAUAAAAAAAUGAUUUAAUCGAAAACUCGCACGACACCUUUUUGUUGUAUUUUUUAUUCGCUCUCUUACGGUAUCAUUGCCAAAGUUUUUGAGCUUUUUUUUUGCCGUAAUUCGGUUAUAAAUGCAUUUAGAGACUUGAAACAUGGUAAUAAUACUUGUAUUGAACUUAUCUAGACAUCGUAAAAUUUCUAAAAUUAUCCGAAGACUUUUUUUUUUUUUAAUAAACCAUUUGAAAUCAAAUUUAAAAACUACUAAAAUUCAAAUUAUUUAUUUCCGAACUACGCUCAGAAUCGUGUUUCGUCAAGCAAUGGUUUAUCGUUGCUUACAGAUAUAAAUGAAAUACCUUAAUAUAUCUUAAUUUUCUAACUUCUCACCUACAAAUGUGGCCGCUCCCAUCCCCAGUAUCAGCUUUUUUUAAUACUGUUUUAUGAUUAAAUAAUUUUUAAUUGGCGAUUUAAUUAUUAUUUAUUUGAUGUAAAUUGUAGUAAUAUGCACACACGAAAAAAAAAAAGAUACGGACGUACUUCGCACGAUUGGUGGACCCCUGUUGUAGAUGAGAAUUUGGAAAACGAUCCUGAGCGAUUCGAUUGUACACGUUUUGAUAAGCCGUAAUAUUUACGAUUUGAAAAUAAUACACUUCGUAAAUUUGCCCAUUUUUCCUACGUUUUUUCCCAUGUUUUUUCCCGGUUUUUCACAUUAUCAUGAAAAUAGCUGAGAAAAUCCAAAAAUUACGUCCUCAAAGUACGACCCCAGUUAGAUUUCCUUUGACUGAGCUCAGAAUUUAAAAAACAAUAAGAUAACCAGUUUACCCACUUGAUCACCCGGUAGAAUAAUAGUAAAUGAAAUAAUAUUUUGUUCACAAUACAUUUUACCACUAAACCUGCAUUACCUAUAAUAACAAAUUGUGUUUGUAAUUGUUGAGCGAGUUGUUCAAGGUGAAUCGAAAAGUGUACACAGAUUUUGUCCAUUUUCACUGCUAAACGUAAUUUUACACGUGUUCACCAAGCAAGUGGCCACAUUUUCGAUUCGCAUAUGUAUAUUUGCUAGGAAAAAUUAAAAAAAUAUAUUACAGCAAUAAAAAUUUCAAUUAUUUUCGAUUUUUUUUUUCUAUUAUGUUUUUAUCCCAGAAAUCUAAUUUAAAGUGUAUAACAUCUUAUCUGAGAGAAAAUUUGAUCUUAUUGAUGGACAAGAAAGUCGCUAAAUUUCAUUGUUAUAGUUUUUUUAAUAAUCGGGAAAAACUUUAAAAAAUUUAGGACAAACGAGAACGUUUACGGCACUAGUAGUUUCAUUAUGUUUUUUUGUCGUAAUUUAGUAAAAAAUAAUUGUAACGCAUUGGUGUACAUUGUAAUACACAGCGUGUCCUACUGUGGAACCCCUGGAUAUUAUAAAAGCCGACCGAGUUUUGUGAGAGGAUAGAUAUGUAGAGAAAAAUUGAAUUUGGGUUUUCAUCCCUUAAUAGUUGGAAAAAAAAUAAAUUUAUUUUAUUACUUUUUAAAACGAUCAAAAUUGCCAUUCUGUAAAAAAUAUUAUUGUAAAAAUUGUAAUGUAACAUUCAUAUCCGACCAAUAGUUUUUUUUUUUUUUUUUUUUUUAUAGUAAUAGCCGUUUUAAUUUCUAGAAAACUGCGUGAAAACGAUUAAUUUUUAAUUGUUAACAUAUUACGCGAUAAGGAUUCACCAUACAAUUUUUUUGUUUCUGUGAUUAAGGGAUGAAAAUAACAAUUUAAUUUUUCUCUGCGUAUUUAUCCAGCAUAAUUCAAUUAUAACGCAAUCGUAGUAAUAAUAAUAGAAACUGAUACGUAUACCAUCUGGAGCUUAGCUCUUGUCUCGUACGCGGAGUUCCUAGAUAAAUACAAUAAUAUUAUAUACGGUAUUUGUUAUGCAGUUGAAAAGUCGACUCACUUUUCCGGACAAACAAUAGGUAGUAUUGAUUAAACUAUAUUGUCAAUAUUAACAUAAAAAUGUCCUUAAUCAUUUCUACUCACGCAUGAGCAGUUACAUUUCUCACGUUUUAUUUUUAACAUUCUGUACACGGUCUGACCGUUUCGAAUCAAAACCCACCGUUAUUGCCAAAUAUUCGAAUGGUAAUACCAUUUUAAUUGGUUUACAGUUGCAACCGGUCCUGUUGCGUUGCGUUCGUACAUUAUAAAAUUAAAUCCAUCUGGAAGCUGUGAUCGACUUGUGACUAUCGGCGGAUUUACUUAUGUUAAAUGACAACAGAUUUUUAUUCCAUCCAAUCAUAGAUAAGUCACCGUUGUCAUUUUGUUUUUAAUUUUUCCCAAUCGUCCUCAACGUUUACUAGUAUUAAAAACAUCAGCAAACAUGAAUAAUCCACUUUUGAAAUGAAUUUGGGAAAUUUAAAAACUAAAUGAGUUUCGGUUCAUUCGUCAGCUAUACGUUGCAAAUCGACACAGUUCAAUUUCACAAUUUUGGAGACCUUACUGGUCCAAAGGCUUGCAGUCAAACUGAACUUAUAUUGACCUAAACCGGAAAAUGCUAAACCGUGUAUACUGUGUACAGUUUCACGUCUUAAUGGUUUUUAUAAAUUAAUUGUCAAUUUCACGUUUCCACUAUUUAAAAUGGUACUAACAAUACAAAUAAGCUAUUUCAAGUUUGUUUUGAAACGUUUAUUUUAAACAUAAGAGAGCAUAAGUUAAGUUUAACUGCGUAAUAUGUUAUUAUAGAUUUUACAAUUUGCAUAAAAGCAAUUACCUAUAGAUAAACGAUUUUUCAAAAAACCUAAUGGUUUUAACAUUAACAAUUGUUUGUUAGUGCAAUCAUCAAAUCGGCGAUUUCAAAUGAUAUGGUUAAAAUUUGGUCACCUAUCGUAAAAUUAUCGGUGUAUUAAUAUUACGCAUACUUAUCUUAUUUAACUUUAGUGUUUGGGAAGUCACGAUUUUGACGACGGAUUGGACAACAUUAAAGAAUUUAUACACAAUACGGACGUACCGAUAGUGUGCAGUAAUAUUGAUGUUACGAAUGAACCGCUAUUAAGCACCGAGACAAAUUUAAUGAAAUCAAAAGUGAUUGAAAUCAAAGGUCGUAAAAUCGGAAUUAUCGGAUAUUUGACACCGGAAACCCGUAAUGGUGCAAGUAAAGUGAGCAUUGAUACAAAAUGAAAGCUUUGUCCGUCGUUUACAUUUGUCUGACCUGUUUGCCAGAUUACGUAGAUAUUAUACAUAAUGACCAUACCCUCAGUUUUCAUAUUUUUGGCAAUUCGUCCGACGUAUUUUAACAUUAAUUAAAUUUCCGAUACAAUUUUUAAACAGGAUUUUUUUUUUUAAAACGACAUUUUGAUUUUGGUGAGGGUUUUACCUUUUACCGAUUUUAACUCACUACUAUAUAACUCUAUAUAACUAUAAUGAUGAAUUGAGACAACAAUUUUUAAUUUUUUCUUCAAAAAUAUAAAUUCAGCUAAAAAUCCAAAACGAUUCGGGGCCUUGUAAAUGUUAAACUACAUAAUAAAUUAUUUUUUUACAAAUAUUUUUUAGCACUGCGAAUAUUAACACUGCAGUGUCAUAUUCGUCAAAUGUCUGUACGAAAGUUCGAAUUCCCGUCAAGUGUUCACAAUAAUGUAGCGUAGCAAUGAUUCAAGUAUCUCCCCAGUAUCUUGUUAAUAUGGACUUGAUAGUAUAGUAUAAUGAUAGUGGUUGUGGUAGUGUAAUGGUGUUUCAUUUUUGAUCGUAUUUUGAAUUGAUUUCAAACGUAUAAGUACUUUUCGAAAUACUUGUUUAACAGAAGAUGCUUUGUUAAUUAAAUUCUGGAAAUAUAGCAUAAACAUUAGUUGGUUUCGGAAGAAAUAUUUGUUAAACGAUGGUUUAAACUACAUGUUUUAAACGUAACAACUCUGAAUUUAUAUUCGCAGCGCUUGGGACUCGUGCAAAUAAAAUCGGAAAUUGAGGAAAUCAAAAAAGAAGUCAACAAUCUGAAAAACAACGGGGUUAAAAUUAUCAUAGCACUAGGACAUUCCGGGUUUGAAAUGGAUAAGCUGAUAGCCAAAAAAGUAAUAGGUAUCGAUAUUGUGAUUGGUGGACAUUCGCGUACAUUUCUAUACAAUGGUAAAUCGCGUUAAGUACUGUAUGAGUAUUAUAUAAUUAUUAUUAAUAUCCCACCGAAAACAUUAUUUCGUCAUAAGUUAAAUGUAAGAAUUAAUUAGGUAAGUAUAUAAAAAAUAAUCAUAUAGUUUAUCCAAAUAACUCCACCUGUACGCCUACCUAUGUUAAUUUUACAUUCUCUUUUUUUUUGUCUUCAAAUAACUUUACCUGAAGGAAAAGCAUUGGACAUCGAAAUACCAUACAAUUCAUAUCCUUUUUUGGUGUUGUCGGACAAAUCAACUAACAAAAAUGUUCCGGUAGUACAAGCGUAUUGCAAUACAAAAUACUUGGGCAAGUUAGUGGUGGAUUUUGACGAGAACGGUGAAGUAAUCUCAACUAGUGGAAAUCCAAUUUUGUUGGACCAUAAAAUUCAACAAGGUUUAGUGUAUAAAAUAUAGUCGUAGUAUACUUACUGUAAUAUUUGUGCUACACAAUAACUUUAAUCAGUGGCGCAGGAGCAGGGGGCAUGGGGGUCCUGUAUUAUGAACAGUAUUUCAUGAGUUAUCACGGAAAAUUCAAAACAUUAGUGCACUAGAGUGCGAGAUCGACAAGGCGAUUGAUUAUCCACCAGCAUCAUUUGGUUAACCAUCUCCAUUUUCUAUGCAUCUGCAUUAAAAUUACAAUCCAGGCAUAUGAAGAGUGUGACCUUUUUUAUCAAUAUCAAUAUUUUAUACACAAGUUGGGUAACCAAUAAAUCUACAUUUUACAAUCGUGACUAGUGACUACUGAUUAUUGAAUAAAAUAUUUUUUAAAUUUAAGAUGAAAUUCUCAAAGAUUUAAUUUUUUGCUUUUACUCAACAAUUAAUGUACACAUAUUCUGUACCUACGUGAUGAAUACCCGAGUACAAAGAUAGUUUUAAAGAUUUGUUUGACUUGAUUAUAAUUGCAGAUAAUAAUAAAUUUAAUAAUGGUGGUGUUAAGCUUUUUUCUAUGAAACAUUUUCAGUAAAGCUGCAAAAAAUCUCCUAUUAACCAAGCUCAGAUAAGAUUAUUAGAACCAAGAGCUCAUACUUAAGGCUAUGCAAGAUUAGGUUAAUUUAUUUCAAUUUCUUGUUCAAUAAGCCAAUUUGAUACAUUUAUUAUCAUUGAGUAUAGACAGUAUUACUUAAACUCAGUGCUAAUGUAACAAUAAGUACCUAUGUGUAUGAUUAACUGCUCGGAUAUGCACAUUUAUUUUUAGAUCGUGAAUUAUUGGAAGUCAUAAAACAAAUUGAAAAUCCAGCCAUAGAAAAAAUCAAAAUGGUAAUAGGUUCGACGAGUGUAUUUUUACAAGGCGGUGACGAAUACUGCGGGACGAGUGAAUGUAACUUUGGAAAUUUCAUAACGGACGCGUUCAUUAACUACGUUAGUUAUUAUAGAAUCAUUUCACCUACACAAGCGCAACUAGUGGAGUGGAGGAGCUAGGAGAGCUUAGCCCCUUCCCCAAAAUGACUAAUAGUCUCCAAAAUAAAUAAUAUGUUAUUUAUUCUUGGAUUCAAUGAAAAAUAAGGAUUUUCAAUACUCGUGUCACUAAAACAAAUAUAUCGACAUAUAUUCGCGCAUAAUAAUUUACAAAAAAAAAAAAAAAAAAUUGUUUGACUCUUAGAUUAUGUACUAUGGAUAGAGCUAUAAGCAAUAAAACGUGUCGCCAUACUUAAUAUCAAUAGGGCAUCCCACUUUUGAGAAUGCGCAAAGUACCUACUGUUAUCAGUCUUAUCACAACAUACUUAAUAAAAUAUCACAGAAUUAUAAUAUACAACUGUAUGUAAAAUAUACAGUAUGUUUCUACAGACUUCUUCGAAUCAUGCCACGGCCAUCAAUAUCGGACGGGAGUUUAUUCUCGCGCUUUUCGUCGUUUAAUUGAAUAUGCCAAUAUAAAUAACUCGAAUAACAAUUAUUUUUGUCAAAAAAAAAAUUCAAUGAAAUACACAUCAUUUUCAACCCUGCUUUGACGCAAAGAUUAAAUGGCUAUCUUUAAAAAACCAUACUGUGUUAAUGAAGAAACAAUAAGUUUCGAUCAUCUUCAGGAAAAUAUAUUUAUAACAAUUUUUUCAAAUUUGUCCGAGAUAGAUCAAGUUGCCAUUACAUUGCCAAUAUUCUCUACAACAUCUGAGCGUGCAUUUUAUACUAUAAAAUGAAACAUUUGUUAUCUUUAAAACUGAAAUAAUUUUUACAUUCUUUUAGUGUUUGAAUUUUACAACGCGUGAGAGAGGUGUGUGGGGUAAAAGCCCCCACUGUUCACCUUUGGUUUAACAUUAAGGUGGGACUAUAGCCUCUCCCCCCUUUAAUGUUUAGUGCUAGUUGUGCAUGCUGCAUUGUGUACAUAGUUAUUGAACGAUCGGUAAAUAAAAAGAUAAUAACUAUAACGACGACAUUUUAUUGCAUAUAGAAUAUUCGGAUGAAUAUAAAGAAGUUCAAUUUGACUAAACAAUGGACUGACGCGUCGGUGGCGAUAAUACAGAAUGGAGUAAUUGGAUCUAAUAUAAGUCAGACGAAUCGGAACAGUGAGUACCUCCUGUACCUUCCUGUACCUACAUACUAUUUAGGGUCUUUCAAAUUUCAUGUUCCGGUCAAAUUUUCCACAAAUUACUACAAUAAUUUUUCAAUAAUUGAUUUAGAUAAUUAAAACAUUUUAUUAUCAUAUAUUCUAAAAUGUUACAUUGUCUUUACUUUUGGGGGAGAAUUUUAUCGACUACAUGCAUUUGAUUUUCAAAUAUCAACAUUUAUUAAAAGUGGAAUAUCUCGUCAACGGAUUGACGGAAAUCAAAAACGUCAACACCUAGAUGUGUUUAUGCUAAUAGUCCAACUAUUUAUGGAAUUUUAAAUAUAGGUUGCUAUUUGAAAAUCAAAUGUGGAUUGUCGAUUCAACACUAAAAAUAAGAGUUCUGUUAUAUUUUAGAAUAUAAUAUAAUUACAAAAAGUUUUGCGAUAAAUCAUAUAUUAAAGAAAUGAGCAUUUCAUCGAAAAUUGAAUUAUCAUCAAAUUCGGAAGACACUGUAUACUAUUUGUAUUAAUGUCAUUAAGAAAAUCAAAUUUAAAACGUACUCGGUUAAUGCUUAAUGAUUUGUUAAUGAUGUUUAAGGUGACAUUACCGCGGUUGACGUGUUGAUGGCAUUGCCUUUCCAAAACGACGUAGGUAAAAUCACAAUAAAGGGUAUGGAUCUCAAGAAUCUUAUUGAACAUGGUGUUAGCCAGUAUACAAAUGUAGAACACAGCGAUGCAUUUUUACAAGUGUCAGGUAAAAUUAAGUGAAAAAAAGACUGACAUACUACACACGAUGGGUAGGCUAUUGUUGUAGGUGAGAAGUUCGGAAGGUAGGAUAUAGCGUUGCUAAAGAAAAAACGAUUCUGAGCAGCUGAGUUCAAUAGAUACUAUUGCUUUUUUAAGAAUGUGCGUUUUCACGAAAAUAACGAUUAUUUAAAAAAAAAAAUUAAUGAUUAAAAUAAUAAAAAAUAAAUAAAGAAAUGUUGCCAAUGAUAACCUUAUUUUUAACCUUUCAACGACUUUUACCAUUUUAUUGUAUACUAUUAUUAAUUAUUGUUACUAUAAUAUAAUCUUAUUUAAUUGUUAUCUUUAAUAUUUACUAAAAUUUAAGUAUUUUUCUUGUAAAUUGCCGUCAGGCAUAGAAAUAAAAUAAAUAAAUAAUGAAAUCAAUCUUAUAACGAUUGUAACGUACAUUUUUCAGUUUUUAUUUUACGUUUUUUUGUCCGGUUUUCCCAAUUACUAUGAAAAUUACUUAAAAAAAAUCGAAAAAAAACUUUCCUUAUAAGCAACUUAUGAUCAUUGGUAUAAAAAAAAAAUUUCUAUAUAAAAAAUUGUAUCCAUUUAUAAUGAUCAAAUUUCACAAUUUUUUAGUUUUUGAGCGGAAUGAGGAAUGUAUUGGUAUUACAGUGAUGUUUAUUUUUUUUAUGUGAACACUUUUUCUUCCAGAAAGCAUACUCUGAUCAAAUAUAGCACCUUUUCCGAAAGUUCUUUGGGUGGUACUUUAGAGAGGUAAUUUUUAAAAUUCUCAUUAAUAUUCAAGGUAAUGAGUAAAACAUCGGUCUUUAAGUUAAAAAAAAAACUGAAAGAUUAAAAAUAAGGUUGUCAUGGGCAACUGUUUUUUUUUAUUUUUUGUUAUUAUUAAGUUUUAUUAUUUUAAAAUCUUAUUGAAACAAUCAUUGUGGUCAUUGUUUUAAUCACUUUACCAUGAGAUAUAUACCAUAUAUUGUAUUGUUGACAGAUUAACACUAUCAACUGAACUCCACUCAGAAUCGUUUUUUCGUAAGCAAUGGUUUAUCGAUACUUACAGAUAGAAAUUGAAUUCCCGUCUGUAUCCUAUCUUCCCAACUUGCUACCUACAACAGUGGCUGCAGCCCAGUGUGAAGUAUGUCGGUCCUUUUUUUUUUUGGAUGUAGUAUAAUUAUAUUAUUGUAGUGGUGACUCACAGACGCUGAUAAAGAGAGACGAUAUAAAGGUGAUUAUAUGAAAAAGUCUUGGAGUUCAGCUUGGAGUAAUGUUUUCCAAUCGGAAUUAAGCAGGUCGCAUUAAGUUUUGUUUUCCGUGACUGUCUUGUUCUUUACUAUUUGUUCAAUAAAAUGCGAUUAAUUAAUAAAAACAUUUUCUAUAAUAAAUCUGCUUUAGAUAUUUACAUCCAUGAAAUUUUACCUUUUCAAAAAUGUGUAGGUAUGUAUUUUUGUAACAUUCUGUAUUUUUGAUGUAGUAUGGCGUAUAAUAACAUUAUACGUUUUGUUGUUUUAAUACGUGUACAGUGUAUCCUACAGUGUUCGACGGAUUUUUUUUGUGCUAUUAAUAUUAAUUUUUUUUUUCAAGUGGUUUGUUUUCGAAUGUGAUAUUGAUUUGGAGAAAAAUUAAAUUUUUAUUUUCGUUCCCUAAACAUACACAAAAAAAAAAAAAAAAUAUUUUAUUCAUUCACUUUAGAAAAUUUUCAAAAUAGUCUUUAUGUAAAAAAUAUUAUUCAAAAAUUCACACAUUCAUAUCCGAUGAGUAGUUUCUUAGUUAUAGCCAUUUAAUUAGGCGUGAAAACAAUUCAUUUUCAAUAAAAUAACACGUUAUGCGAUAAGGAAUUACAAUCAGCACGGUAAUAUUCUUUACCUUCUAUUGGAUAUUAAUUGUUUUCACGACUAUUUUCUAGAAAUUAAAACAGCUAUAAUUAAGAAAAUAAAUAAAUACAAAAUUUAUGUAUAAAAAAAAAAAAUAAAUAAAUGAAUCAAUGAGUCGCCUAAAGUAUUAUGAUGAGUGUAUUAUAUACGAUCGGUUUCGAACUAAAAAUUCAUCCUUAGGUGUAUCACAGUCAAAAUGUAAGAUGCAACUACAUAUAAAAAAUGAAUUGAAGGAACACAUAAAAGAAAAAAAAAAUUCUACAAAUUGGUCGUUUCAGCAAUGUAGAAUAUAGAAAUAAUUUAUUUUAAUAGGAGAGAUAAUUUAAAAUUAGUAGUUAUUAUUAAAUAUUAUGUUAAUAAAUAAAAAUGAUUUGGUUAUUUUUUUACUAUCUAAAAUUUAUUGGUAACGAUCAAUUUUUAUAAAUUUUUUUUUUCCAUGUAUUCAUUUAAUUUUUUAUAUUCAGUUGCGUCUUAAAUUUUGACUGUGAUAUACCUGAUGAUGAAUUAUUAAUUCGAAACCGAACGUAUCAUAAUGCACUUAUCAUAAUACUCCUGGCGACGCAUUGAUUCAUUUAUUUAUUAUAUUUUUAUAUGUACAUUUUUCAAUUAUAUAUUUAUUUACUAUAUUUUUUUAUUUUCUAUAUUUACGAGUAUUAACUAUUUUAAUAAUUUUGUUUUUACUUUAUUUGUUUACUAUAAUUAAGGAACUAUUAAACGGAUAUGAAUGUAUGAAUUAAUAUGAAACAUUACAAUUUUUAGAAUAAUAUUUUUUACAAAAUGGAUACUUUAAAAAUUUUCUUAAGUAAAUAAAUACAAUUUAUUUUAUUUUUGUGUUUAGGGGAUGAAAAUACAAAUUUAAUUUGUCUCCAAAUCAAUGUCCCCCUCGAAGAGGAUCGAUUGGAAAAAUAAAAAUCGAAACAAAUUUGAUAUUCGUCGAAUACGGUAGAACAUACUGUACACCAUACAUAUAACUACAUAUGAGUAUUAUACAUUGUUUCUUAUUUCGACAAUCGAUACAUUUUUUUUUUACUCAUCACAAAUAAAAGUGUCCUGAUGUUUUUUUUUUUUUUUUUUUUUUGUACAAAUAUGAUCACCCUAUCUUAAAUGUUAUCGCCGGAAAUAAUGCUCUCUGCGAGCGUAUGAAUUGAAAAGACCAAAGAAACACUGAUUAUUCUUGAUAUUAUUAUAAUUUAUUAUUGUUGGCACGGUGUUAGUGUGUUCAAAAUAAAAUUGUGAGUUGUCCUUUCCUUCAAUCGUACACAGGGGCCGCGAUCGUCCUGUCGUCCAAGCGACGAUCCGCCACUGUGUUAUUGUAUUAAAAUAUAGUAUUGAUUAUACGCGUGAUAUCCGGUUAUUCAUUGUUUUUAAGAAGAAUAUUUGUAUUUUAUUAACUGUGAGUGUGGUACUCCACACUGGGGGGGGGGAUAUUUGGUUAUAGUUCCGGUAAGUUUUAUUCGUAUAACUAUACAUUCUCCUCUGUACGCUUCGAUGUUAUACGGUUCAACAGGUCUCCAGGUUGUACUAGACUUUACAAUAGACACUAGCUAUCAUGUUCGGAAAUUUCUCGUUAGAUGCGCAGAAUGCACGGUUCCGGUUUACAAAGAAUUGGAAAUGAAUGACGACUACACCAUUAUCGUCAAUAAGUAUCUAGCAGACGGCGGGAACGGUUUUCAGUUUAAACAUUCGACUCCCGAAUACAAGAGUUUCGGUAAGCGUACGUUCACGACAUCGGUUCUGCGGUCGUUCACGGCACACUGAUUUUGUGUUUUAGGUUCUGAGUGGAGUGAAGAAGCUUAUGGUUUCACAAAGAUGUUUAAUUUAUUUGUACGCAACUUUUUUUUUUACCGGAAAUCUUGUUCCGAUUUUUAAGUAUAGCAACUUUUCUGGAAGGAAAUCGGUGUGGGGAGUACUUUGAGGGGGUAAUUUUUCAAUUUUCUCAAAAAUAAUCUCAUCAAAUGGGAAAAACCGAAAAAAAAAAUGGAGGAAAAACGGGAAAAUCUACGAAAUAUAUUAUUAAAAUAUUACGAUUUUUUCUUUCUGUGAACAGCUUUUCUACCAACAAUUUCGAUCCAAUUUAUAAGGAUGCCAAUUUUUCUAAAAAGAAAUCCAACUAGGAAGGUCCUUUAAACGGGUCAUUUUUCGAUAUUCCCUAGAGUUUUCCCAGCAAAUGUGAAAACCCAGGAAAAAGUUAGAAAACCGGGAAAAUUGGUACAACAUCAAAACAAAUAUUAUUAAAGAAAAUAUAUAAAGCCUAUUUAAUUACUUUACUAUAGUAUGACCGAUAUAUUGUUGAUAAGGCAUUACUAUUAAAUGAACUCCACUCAGAAUCGUUUUUUCGUAAGAAAUGUUUUAUCGUUGUUUAUUAUUAUUAUUAUUUUCGAAUUCCCAGGGAUAACUGAAACGGAAAUUAUAAUAGAAGAAAUGUCUAUAUCUAAAUAUUCACCGAUAGUGUCAGAAAUCAGUGGACGGAUAGUUAUUUUCGACAACCGCAGCGAUGAACAGCCCGAGGAAGAGCUUUCAUAUUCACCAGAAAUGCAAGAUGAUGGAAUAGCAAGUUCUAUAGGAGAUACUAUAUUAGACAUUGGGGAAACUGUUCUCUCGACUGUUUAACCGAAAUUUAUCUGUACAGUUAAAUUAAAUUUAAAUGAUACGUAAAACGGUAUUUUAAAUUAUUCUCAACACUGCAUUAAUAUACUAUUAAACUCAAAUAUUAUUAUUAUAAAUUAGUACAAUACCACUUUAUU